UUGAUUCCACAAGAUUCCGAAUUGGAUAUACAGAAGAUUGAUUAUGAUAAAAAUGUUGAUAUUCGAAUGGUACCUUUAGUAGAUUUUACAACAAACAAAAUUAUAUCGGAUAUAGGAGAAAGAAAAUUUACAAGUUUUAUAAAGAAUUUAAUUUCUCCGAGUCAAUAUUCGUCUCUUAAAGAAGAGGAUUAUAGUCCUUUUAUUAAGAUAAUAAUGAAAGGUGAACGAGAUAUUAUAUAUGAAAACCCAUCAAUAGAAGCUGUCAUGAAUUGGACGUGGUAUUGCUCUAAUUCUAUUGGCCUAGAACCUUUAUCAAUUUCAUUUGAUAGUUGGAGUUUUUGGCCACUUACUAUAAUUAGUAUAGUUGGCGGUUUUAUGUUUGCGAUGAUAUUACAAAAUGUAAUCAUUUCAUUCAUGAGCGAUGCCUUUUCAGGUGCAGUCACAGAUAGUAAACGUGGCGUAUAUCGUUUUCAAAUUGACUAUAUUCAUGAAUUUGCUCUUCUUGAAAAAUCAUUAGAAUUUAAUAAUUUAGAUUCUAAGUUUAAAGAUAAAAUAAGAGCAAAAUACAUUUGUUUUCAAUAUGAUCCAUGA